AGGGCAAUCUCGGGAAUUCACGAUGGGAACCCUAGAAAACCCUCGGUCUACAGUCCACUAUAUAAAGAAACAGUACUCACUGGAGAAAGGAGGGGGACUCGCAUGCAAUACCCCGAGAGCAAUACUUUGCGUCUAAAAACUCUUGUUAUUCUCUGUAUAAUUUUCUGUUAGCUUCCGAGCUCGUCGUGACUCACUCGUUAGUUCUCCUGUGAACUGACGAGCACGAUCUUGACUCGUUUUAGUGACGACCUCGCAUUCCUAUCGUUAAUAAAGAACAAACUUCACUCUUUCCCCCUAAAAUCGAUAUUUAUUUAGUGUUGUGCAAUCCCCAGUACAAACAAUUGGCGCCCACCGUGGGGCAAGAGUAGAACACUUCUUUUUGACGAAUCAAUACCGACGGUCCUCACUUCCUCGAAAUUUCAAGAUUCAUGACGAACCCUAGCGACGAUCUCAACGAAGCAACGGAGCAACCGACGGAGCAACUAACGGAGCAGCGAUGGGGGCGAACGAGAGCACGAACCGUACCACCUCUACCUUCUUCAACCAUCUCAGCCGAAGGCCCCUUGCCGAGCGCGACACCUCCGCCAGCGCCCGACGCGCCCUUCGAGCCUCUUACAACUGCUGCAGCCGGACCCGGACCUGUCACCGACCAGCUGGUAACUGACGCCACCGCUCUCCUCAGCGCCGCCCUCACGUGCGCUGCCGCUCUCCCCAGCGCCACUCUCACCAACGCCGCCGCUCACCCCAGCGCCACUCUCCCCAAUGCUUUGCCCAUCCAGAGGAGCGGGCUCGACGACCUGAUGCAAGUCAUACUCGAUCGACUCGACGGUCAGGAAGCGCGAACAAAUGAACGGCUCGAAGCAAUCGUGGCGGCACAAGAAGCAUCGCAAAAUCAAAUAAGCAGGCUCCAGCAACGACGGAGCGAGCGCCGGAGCGAGAACGACCAUGGCGAGCAGCACGCGAAUCCACCGCCCCCUGCGCCGCUGUCCGUCGAAGAACGCUACGAAGGCCACAGACGCCGCCCAGCGUCUAUAGUCGUAGGAUCCAUCGAUCGACGUAGCAGGCGGGAACCAGCUGACGAACACCAGGACCGUCAAGGCCAGCGGAGCCGAAGCCCACGGACUCCGACAUUACCGGCCCGACAGUCUGAGGGAGACCUCAAGGAUGAAACAAUACGGCGCCUCGAGACGAUGCUCCACGAGCUCUCCUCGAGAGUACAUCGGGCGACGAGCUCCGCUCCCAAUCUCGAUCGAGUACUGGAGGAAGUCCAGCGCUCGCCAUUUACAGCACGGAUCUCCCGCGUUCGCAUUCAUUACGUGAACAAAUUCAAGUUCGCCCCGUAUAAUGGAUUGGAUGAUCCAAAACCGUUCUUAACUUCAAUGAGUGUUGCGAUUGGCCGAGCUCAUUUCAGCGAGGAGGAGUACGAAGCUGGCUGCUGCCAGCUAUUUGUUGAAAACUUGGCCCACGAGGCCCUAGGAUGGUUCUCCCGACUCCCGCCGAACUCGAUCGGAAGCUAUCACGAGCUAACAACCGCUUUCCUACAACACCAUUCCACGUUCAUGAUUCGAGGUGCCUCGAAUGCCGACCUCUGGAACAUGUUUCAACAAAGCAACGAGUCACUCCGGGAAUUCAUGGAGAGAUUCAAAAGAAUAGUCUCGAAACUCUCGAUCGCCGACGACACAGCAAUCUCAGCUCUCCGUAAUGCUCUUACUCACGGUUCCCGAUUUCGGGAAGACAUCAUCAUCCACGAGCCCCUAUCCCUGGACGACGCGUUACACCGCGCCAACAGGUACAUCGAGCUGGACGAAGAAAGCGCAUCGAGAGCGAACCGACCAUUGCCAGAACCGCCAACCUCAAAGUCGGCCAAAGGAAAGGAAAAGGCACAGGACGAGCAUCAUGAGCCUCGUCAGCACUUCGACAAGGAAUACGCUGAUAAGCUGGAAAAAGCAAAGAAAGCUCAAGCGUUCGCUGUUAGCGAUCAGGACCCCCAGGCGUCAUCAUCGAAACCCUGGAAUAACAAAUGGGUCCGGGACCCAUCGGGUAAGGGUGGAAAGAAGUACUGCAACUACCAUAAACGAGCAGGGCAUACCACUGAAGAAUGCCGCACCCUCCAGCAAAUACUGCUGGAUAAAUUCAAGGGAGGCCACAUUGACGUCGAACACGAGCGACGACUAACAACGGCCCACAGAGAUAGUCAAUUUUUUAACCCUGAGGACGAAAACCCCAGUAGGCAGUACAGCACAGCUCCCGCGCCACAGCACAUCACAAGGGCCCUACCCCUGCCCCCGCCCCCAGCACCAACCCUUAAAAGGAACCCCGAGCCGGUCGACGACCCAAAUGCUCCAGCUCCGCGCCGAAGAAUUAAUAUGAUUAUGGGCGGCCUAACGACUUGCCGAGACUCGGUGCGUUCCAUCAAAGCUUAUCAGCGGGGACUAGAAGUGAAGCGGGACUGGAUGGCUCAAAGUACACCGCCGACUACAACCUAUGAGCCGAUCACAUUCACAGAAGACGAUGCGUCAGGCCUAGCUGGGCCGCACAACGACCCCCUCGUAGUCGAGAUGACAAUUGGUGAAAGCAUAGUCACCAAAAUCUUGAUUGAUACUGGCAGCUCGGUAAACGUCAUUUUCAAAGACGUACUAAUUCAGAUGGAGGUAGACCUGCGAACGGCCGAUCAUGACGUCCAACCCCUCACAGGCUUUGACGGCGACACGGUUAUGACAGUUGGUACGAUCAUGCUACCAAUCUACGUAGGCGGAACGAUGCACUGCAUCAAUUUUUCCAUCAUCGAUAAACCAAUCGUCUACAACGUCAUCCUGGGGACUCCAUGGUUGCAUAAGAUGAAAGCUGUGGCGUCGACGUACCAUCAGUGCGUAAAGUUUCCAACCUCAAGAGGAAUAUUCACGCUACGAGGAGACCCGUUGAUCGCCAGAACUUGCUUCAUCAUCGAACGACAACAGCGCAGUGCCCGCACCUUCGCAAUCUCAAACCCUGCCGAGCAGCCAGAUGGUCGCGUCCGUCCCAACACCGAGCUAAUCAUCCAGGUAAACAUCAACCCUUCCGACACGACUCGUUGCGUGGGGAUCGGUGCCGACCUGCCGCAGACUAUCAAGGACGAGCUCGUAAAGUUUCUGUCCCAAAACGUCGAAACCUUUGCAUGGAGCAUGAGCAGUAUGACCGGAAUCGAUCCCACCAUAACAUGUCACGAACUCAAUGUGGAUCCAACGUUUAAACCGGUCAAGCAAAAGCGAAGAAAACUCGGACUAGAGCGUACGGCCGCCGUUAACGAAGAGAUCAAAAAACUACUCACGGCUGGGUCCAUCAGAGAAGUCAAGUACCCCGACUGGUUAAGUAACCCAGUAGUUGUGAAGAAAAAGAACGGCAAGUGGCGGGUGUGCGUCGAUUUUACCGAUCUUAACAAGUCGUGCCCAAAGGACAGCUUUCCUCUACCAAGAAUCGACCAACUGGUCGAAGCGACCGCGGGGAACGAGCUUCUAUCGUUCAUGGACGCAUACUCCGGGUACAACCAGAUAAUGAUGCAUAAAAACGAUCAAGAAAAGACGGCCUUUAUCACCGAUCAAGGCACUUACUGCUACAAGGUUAUGCCGUUUGGCCUGAAGAAUGCUGGUGCGACCUACCAACGCCUUGUCAACCGGAUGUUUGCCGACCAGCUCGGCCGAACAAUGGAAGUGUACAUCGAUGAUAUGCUGGUGAAAUCAACUCACGCUGCCGACCACGUUUCACAUCUCGCUAAGUGCUUUGAAGUUCUCAACCGAUAUAACAUGAAGCUGAAUCCAGCUAAGUGCUCGUUCGGCGUAACUUCUGGAGAGUUCCUAGGAUACCUCGUCACCAAGAGGGGUAUCGAAGCUAACCCGAAACAGAUUUCGGCGCUUACCAACCUACCAUCUCCAAGAAAUACUCGAGAAGUUCAACGACUUACUGGGCGAAUCGCCGCCCUCAAUCGAUUUAUCUCACGAUCUACCGACAAGUGUCUACCGUUUUACCAGCUGCUUCGCAGCAACAAAAAGUUUGAGUGGGAUGAUAAGUGUGAGUCUGCCUUCCAGGAGCUCAAAAACUAUCUCGCUACUCCUCCAGUCCUAGCUAAACCUGAUCAGGGGGAAACGCUUUACCUGUACAUCGCUGUCUCCAGCUCGGCGGUCAGCGGUGUACUCAUUAAAGAGGACAGGGGAGAUCAGCAUCCCAUUUUCUAUGUGAGCAAAAGUCUCGAUGGAGCUGAGCUCCGAUAUCCAACCUUGGAGAAGCUCGCCUACGCCGUAGUUAUCUCGGCUAGGAAGCUACGUCCAUACUUCCAAUCUCACACUGUUGAAGUCUUAACUAACCAGCCGUUGAGGACCAUCCUACACAGUCCGAGUCAAUCAGGUCGCCUGGCCAAAUGGGCAGUGGAAUUAAGCGAAUAUGAUAUCGAAUACAAGAAUCGCACUUGUGCGAAAUCUCAAGUACUCGCAGAUUUUUUGGUUGAGCUCUCCCCUGAACUAGAAUCAGGGGCUCCGCGCGCAGAGAAAUGGUCGUUACACGUCGAUGGUGCUUCCUCCCGACACGGCUCUGGGAUCGGAAUACAUCUCGUUUCGCCGACAGGAGAAGUACUCGAACAGUCAUUCCGGCUCGCCUUCACUGCCUCAAACAACGAGGCCGAGUAUGAAGCCCUGAUCGCAGGAAUGAGAUUGGCAGGUGGAAUCGGGGUUAAGAAGUUACAAGUUUUUUGCGACUCGCAACUAGUAACUCACCAGUUCAGCGGCGAUUACGAAUGCAGGAAUGACCGAAUGGACGCUUACCUUAAGGUUGUCCAGGAACUGUCCGGCUCAUUUGAGUCGUUUGAAUUGACGAAAAUCUCUCGUAGCGACAAUGCUCCAGCUGACGCCCUGGCCGUCCUCGCUUCAACAUCCGACCCCGACCUCCGUCGAAUCAUUCCUGUCGAGAGUAUUGAUCAGCCGAGCAUCAAUCUCCCAACGAACAUCGAUCCCAUUGCUCAAGAUUAUAAAAAGAAAAAGGUUAUGGAGGAUGCGAGCAUCAACAUGCCAUCCUCAAAGAAACAAAGAACAGGUGAGGGUCCUCCCGUGCUAACAUUGCAUCAACAUGACUUCUGUUAG